UGAUUGUGGCGCCUCAUUCAUAAAUGCAGCGACGAUUCUUGCUGUGGUUUGAGUGGACUGAGAGGCCAGGGGACGGCGGAGCGGAAUGAAUGGUGCUAGGCAUGGGUGAAUAUACAGGUGACUAUAUCUUCAAGAAACUCACAGCCUGGUAGAUUAUGAACACAAAAGCAGAGUACCACUAAUACUGAGAUGAAUGCCAAAACAGUGAUGUCAGAGACCUCUAGGAAUACAGAUGAGGAGGGUCUGCCUGCUGGGCAAUGGGUUUUGGAAAUUAGUAGCUCUUCUAACUUUUACAUUAUUUAAAUAUAAUAUUAUCAUUGGACUAAAAUGUUCCUGAUGCCAACCUCUUCUGAGUUAAACAGUGGGCAGAGCUUCUUAACCCAGUGGAUGACCAAUCCUUCUCGGGCUGGGGUCAUCUUAAAUCGUGGAUUUCCUAUUUUGGAAGCAGACGAAGAGAAGCGAGCAAAUGUGAACAUUUCUACCAACUUUCCUGUUAAAGCCACACAUUUUUCAAAUAGCUUCAGCUUUAUAAGUGAAGAAGAUUCACUUCAUGAAGAACAGAAGUUGGAGUCUAACAGCCCUUAUAAACUACAAUCAGAUGAAUCUGAAACACAUACAGUGUUUCCUUUAACUAAAGAAGGACCGCAAAUAGUGGCAUGUCAAGAUGCUCCUGGACACCGGGAAGACAACAAAAAUGACUUUAUCUCCAAUCUUUCCAGUGAAUGCAAAGAAGCGGCUUAUAAAGACCCACUUUUUAAAAAGCUUGAACAGCUGAAAGAAGUACAACAGAAGAAGCAGGAACAGCUGAAGAGGCAGCAGUUAGAGCAACUACAAAGACUCAUGGAAGAACAAGAGAAGCUGCUUACUAUGGUGUCUGGGCAACACACACUCCCAGGUUUAACCCUACCGCCUGAUGAUCAGAGGCAGAAGUACAGAUCUCUGGGAAAUCCAACCACCACAGAGAAAACCACACCCUUCUUACCAUCGUGUAUCUACCGGAAUCAAACCCAGGAAAAAACGCACACUUCCAACGUUUUAUCUAAUGAACAAAACAACUUCUGUAGAACUACUCAUCCAGAUUUUGUCUUAACUUCAAAAAAUGGUGCUUCUCUCAAUUUGUUUUGUGAGGCACAAUAUCAAGACGCACUUUUGAAAAAAAAUGAUUUAAAGGAAGAAAACCAUAACCAUUCUUUAGGAGAAGGUAUUUUACCAUGUUGGGAGAAAGUGACCGAACCGAUUGAGGAAGGGAAUGAUGUGAACAUAAAAAAAAUUGGUGAUUCUUCAGAAGUGGCUAAUAUUGAAGAAAGACCUAUUAAAACUGCUAUCAGAGAAAGGAAACAGACAUUUGAAGACUACUUAGAAGAACAAAUUCGGCUGGAAGAACAAGAACUGAAACGAAAACAGAUAAGGGAAGCAGAAGGAUCGUUCCUAAUCAAAGCAAAACCAAAACAACCAUUUUUGAAACGAGGAGAAGGUUUAGCUAGAUUUACUAAUGCUAAAUCUAAGUCUCAGAAAGGGAGAGAAAGUAAACUAGUGACUGAUCAGAGCAUUUCAGAGGACCAACCUGUGUUUAAAACGGAUAGACAACAAUUCCAGCGGAAAACUGCUCUUAUAAGUAAAGAACUGUGUACAGAGAACCCACCUGUUAAAAGGAACAAUAAAGGUAGGGCCAAGAGUGGUUUUGUCACACUCAGCCAGAAGCCAAAAGUGCUUAAGAGUAGUAACAGGAAAAGUCUUCCUCCAUCAGGUUUGAAAAUACCUGGAGGGAAGAAAUGUGAUGGGCAAUUUAGAGACCAGAUCAAAUUAGAAAAAAAAGUUGAGUCUAAUAAUAGAGAAAAUGUACCCGAAUGUGCAAAACCUUGUGAUACUGAUUGUAAAGUCUGGAAUAAGACCCAGGGUAAAGAUAAACUUCCUCUUUCGGCAGGACUGGUCAGCUGCAUGUCUUCUAAUAGCCCAAAAAAUGAGACCCUGAAAAAGUCAGAAUCUUCUCUUGACCUUUCUCUUCAGAAAAAAUUAGAGCAUUGGGAACAAGAAAAGGAAAAGGAAAAUUUGGAGUUAGAUGAAUUUUUGUUUUUGGAACAAGCUGCUGAUGAAAUAUCAUUUUCCAGUAAUUCCUCAUUUGUACUGAAGAUCUUAGAGAGGGACCAGCAGAUCUGCAAAGGUCACCGGCUGUCUUCCACCCCUGUCAAAUCUGUGCAGCCAGAGAUGGUGACGCUGGAUCCUGUUAUUCAGUGUAGCCACAAUGAGGCUCCAGGCUGUACUGAACCUGAACAUGAGGGUGAGGGUGGGAUUGCACCUAACCAACCUGAUUCAGUGUCCUCACCUGAAGGAUAUAGGGAACAGUCGUGCAAAGUCAGUAGGAAAGCCUUCCAAAUGAGCACUUCUGAAAAUCAGGCUCGGUGGAAUGUAAGUGAUGAUGAAGGUGUCACAGACAGUGACAGGAGCACUGACUCUGAGGAGCAACUUGAUAUUACCAUAAAACCAUCAGCUGAGGAUAAAGAGAAGGGUUUCAGCAGCAGAGAAGACAGUCCACAAGUCUGUGAUGGUAAGGGGCCUUUUAGGGACCCUGGGACUCAAGAAGAAAAUAAAAGGAGAGAUGUUGAUUUAGAUCUGUCUGAUAAAGAUUACAGUAGUGAUGAGUCUGUCAUUAUAGAAAGCUUGAAAAACAAAGUUUCUGAGUCCUCAAGAAGACCCUUAUCUGUAAGUAUGAGUAAAAUUGACUUUGAUGAUGAAAGAACUUGGACUGACCUCGAAGAGAAUUCAUUUAAACAUGAUGCUGUUCUUGGGAAUGAGGCCAUUUAUGGGACUCCUCAAACAGCCUACCCUAAGAGUGAAAUAUGUGUAUCAGACAAAACAAUAAAGAGGAAGGUUGCACCGGUCAAGAAGGGAGAAGUCUUGAGGAAACCCAGUAGGAGCACAAGUCCUCCUCCUACAUCGGAUCUCAUGAUGAAAUUCUUCCCUGCUUUGAAACUGAAACAAAAAUCAGAUUCACACUUGGGAAAUGAACCCAUGUUAAACCCAAGUCAAGACCAACCACUUGGUGACAGUGCUCGAUCUCAAGUUUUGAGAGAGAAAGUUAUUGAAUUGGAAACAGAAAUAGAAAAAUUUAAAGCUGAGAACGCAUCUUUAGCUAAACUUCGCAUUGAACGGGAAAGUGCCUUGGAAAAACUUAGGAAAGAAAUUACAGACUUUGAACAACAGAAAGCAAAAGAAUUGGCUCGAAUAGAAGAGUUUAAAAAGGAGGAAAUGAGGAAGCUACAAAAGGAACGCAAAGUUUUUGAAAAGUAUACUACAGUUGUGAGAACUUUUCCAGAUAAAAAAGAACGUGAAGAAAUACAGGCUUUGAAACAGCAGAUAGCAGAUUUACAGGAAGAUUUGAAAAGAAAGGAAGCAAAAUGGUCAAGUACACAUGGCCGUCUUAGAAGCCAGAUAGAAAUGUUGGUCAGAGAGAACACAGACCUCAGGGAAGAAAUAAAAGUGAUGGAAAGAUUCCGACUAGACGCCUGGAAGAAAGCAGAAGCUACUGAGAGCAGCAUCAGGACGGGUCCCUGUGUGACUGCCACAAAAAAAGAUGGGUCCUUGAAUUCAUCGUUUCGAUUACAAAAGAGUCAAAUUUCUUCAGGAACCCAGGUAGAAAAAUACAAGAAAAAUCAUUUGCUGACACAAGGCAAUCCAUCUCGAAGAUCCAAGCCUGUGCCUUCUCGUGAUUUAGACAGUUCGGAUAAGGGACAAACAGCCUCACCCAGGAAGCCCCCUGAACCAGUGGACUUCCCAGAUCCUGAGUGUAAAAAGGACGACAAAAAAGAGGAAAAAGAAGAAAUUCAGGGAGAAAUCAGUCAUCCUGAUGGAAAGAUAGAAAAGGUUUAUAAGAAUGGGUGCCAUGUUAUAUUGUUUCCAAAUGGAACUCGAAAAGAAGUGAGUGCAGAUGGGAAGACCGUCACCGUCAAUUUCUUUAAUGGUGAUGUGAAGCAGGUCAUGCCAGAUGAGAGAGUGAUCUACUACUACGCGUCUGCCCAGACUACUCACACUACGUACCCAGAAGGACUAGAAAUCUUACAUUUCUCAAGUGGGCAAAUAGAAAAACAUUUCCCAGAUGGGAGAAAAGAAAUCACAUUUCCUGACCAGACUAUCAAAAACCUAUUUCCUGAUGGACAAGAAGAAAGCAUUUUUCCAGAUGGUACAAUUGUAAGGGUACAAAGAGAUGGCAACAAAAUCAUAGAGUUUAAUAAUGGCCAAAGAGAACUACACACUGCCCAGUUCAAGAGACGGGAAUAUCCAGAUGGCACUGUUAAAACUGUAUAUACAAAUGGUCAUCAAGAAACAAAAUAUACAUCUGGUCGAAUAAGGGUUAAAGACAAGGAUGGUAAUGUUCUAAUGGAUACAAAAUUGUAAUGAUCCUGGUGCAUGACUAAUCAUGAAAUAACACUAACUUGAUUUUGUUAAAAAAUGUACAUUUCUUAUGGUUUCUGUGGUUUAAUUUAUAUAUACUGUGUGUGUAUAUAUAUAAAUGGAAAAGAUUAUGGAUUAUAAAAUAAAACACCAUAGCUUUUUAUAUUCUUUGAAAUGUAUAAGAACAGCUUUCAUUUUUAAUUCACCUUUCUAUAGUAAUUGCAUGACUAAGGAAAGCAUUAUUUGUUAUAAACUGUAUAGACUGCAAAAAUAACGAGGCGCUUUUGUUGAAGAUGGUUAUAAAAACCAAGAAGUAUAAGAAAUACAAUAGCACAGAUUUUCCACAGCCAUAAAGCAAGGACUUGCACAGAAAGUUUACUCAAGGAGUAAGAGAAUGUGUCCAGUCAGAAUAUACUAUGUUCAAUUAGUACUAAGAUUAAAGCAUUUUAUCUACUAAAGAGGUCCUUUAAUUGUAAUAGAAUGGGAAGUUAAAAAACAGUGAAUGAAUACAGAUAAGUCAAACACCAAAAUAAGUAGAAGAAUUCAUUCUGUGAGUAGAUAAUCAUAGUGAGGAGAAAACAUUUACUGUGAUGGUAUAUAACUAGUUAAAAUGGGAGACGUGAGAAUGGAGGGAGUGGGAAAAAUAACUAGAGCUGGUGUUAACUGAUCACAGGUACCUUGAUGUUAUAACCUAUAUAAAACUGUAGGUUGACAGGAGCAAGAUGUCCUUGAAGGAAGCGCAAGUCACCUAUAUUUCAAUUUAUAUAAUAAUUACAGGUUGGUAUAGUCACUUAAGUGCAAUAUACAGUAAUAUUAGCAAUGACUCCCAUUUUUAAAAACAGCUAAAUGUAUCAAUUCCAGGUAAUUUAAGAACUGAAUAUGAAAAAAGUUGUAAACUUCUCAAAUAAGGAAUUAUAUAUAUUACUUCAGGAUAGAGAAGGAUUUUUAAAUGAGACACAGUACAAACUUAAAAGGUUGAUGAAUGAAAAGUGUGUCCAAAGAUACCACAAAAAAGGAGAAAAGAUAAGCCACAGACUAGAAGAUAUAUAUACUUGACAAAGGAUUAAUAUCCAGAAAAUAUAAAGAAUUCCUACAAAUCAAUAAGAUAAUUACAACUCAGUAGAAAAAUGGACAAAGGAUAUGAACAAACAAGUGACUAGUAAACCAGUGAAUACAUAUUGAAAUAACGAGAUACCUUUUUACACUGGUAUCAAUACUAGCAAAUAACAGUCUGGCCACGCCACACAUUGCCAAGGAACUCAGACUACUGAUGGUAGUAAAUUAAAAGUAAAUCCGCUUUUUGGAAAGCAAUUACCUCAUGACCUAGUAAGUUCCACUACUAAGUAUGUAUACUGGAAAACCCAUAACGUGCACAAGGGAUCCUACAGAAGAAUAUUUGUAAUUGAGAAAAAAACUGGUAAUGACCUAAAUAUCAACAGAUUUAUGUGCAGAGAUGGACAGGAGAGUGAAAGUGAAUAAAAUAGAGCUCUGGAUACCAGCAAGGAUAAACAGCACAAAUAGUGAGAAAAGUAAAGGUGCAAUAGCACACUCAUUAAAAAAUAUACACAGCAGUAGUAUAUCUUGCUUUAUGGAUGCAUUCAUACGCAGUAAAAUAAAAAUAAACACCAAAUUCACAACAGUGUUCACCUCUGCAGGGAGGAGGAACAAGGAAGGGCACUACAGGAGUCUUCAACUGUACUAAGAGGUCUGUCUUCUGAAACUUAAUAUACAUUCAUAAUAAAAUGAACUUGUAGUUCAUUUUUUCAUGUGCCUAAAAUACUUGAUUUUGAAAUCACUGUAAAAGAAAACCAGAAAAUAUUUGAAAGCAAGUAUUUAUUAACUUUUUCAAACAAUUCCUGAGAGUUUAACAUGUAAGGGGAAAAAAAAAAAAGCCCAGCACUAUUGCAGAACAAGUCAAGAAAAAUAAGCCUGAAAUGGCUUACACAUAACAGAAAACUUUCUUCUGGGCUGCUGCUAUAUAGAUGCUGUGCACUGUACACCUGAAAAACAAAAUGCAUGUUACUUAAAACCUCUGCUUAAUUAAAUGUUCAAACUAGUGACUGAAUCACUUGUUACAUUUACAUGGAUGAAUAAACAGCUGGUUAUCCAAGUA